AGCUCAAGGGGACGGGAGCCGCACAAGGAGAGCUUGGGUAUCGCUCUCCGGUCUGAAGCCGCAAGGGUAUCGCGUCAUGAAGCGACCAUUCGAGUAUGGAACCCCUGGCUUCACCAUGGGAGGUCCUGCAAAAGCACCCAGAUCUGCCGGCAUGGCUAUCAAGAUGCUGGUGGCACCAAAGGAAGCAUCCACGCUCAUUGGCAAAGGUGGAAUGACCCAAAAGCAAAUAGCGGAGACGACGGGGUGCAAGAUUCACCUCAGUGGAAUCAAUGAGCUCUACCCUGGAACGCAGAUGCAAGAAGUCCACGUGCGCGGGGACGGCGCGGAGGUGGUGGCCAACGGAGUGUUGCAGCUGCUAACGAAGCUGGCUGAGGAAACUGGCAAAGUGCUGGGCGGCGAGUGGGACGUGGAGGAGGGAGGCGCCCGAGUUCAUUUCAUAGUGCCCACCCAAGCCGCCCGAGCCAUCAUCGGCAAAGGCGGCGAGAACAUCAAGGCUUUGCGGCAAGCUUGUCAAAUGAAGGUGCACGUGGAGGAUACGGUGCUUGGCCACGGGGAUUUGGCAGAGCAGGUGAUUUCCUUGGCGGGGCCCUUGUUGAACAUGCACAACGCUCUACCAAUGAUUCUCGAAAAGGUGGCGGAGCUUGCGGUUCAGCCAUUUUUUGGCAACUGGGUGUUCAGUUGCCUUUCCGCUCCCAAAGGCGGAGGCAAGGGAAAAGGCGACUUUGGCAAAAUGGCGCUUGACAAUGGCUUCAAAGGCGGCGGUGGCUACGGGGGCUACGACGGCUUCAAGGGAAAGAGCAAAGGCAAAGAUCCCAUGGCAAUGGGCAUGGGUGGCGGCAUGGGUGGCGGCAUGGGCGGCUGCAUGGGUGGCGGCAUGGGUGGCAGCAUGGGUGGCAGCAUGGGUGGUGGCAUGGGUGGUGGCAUGGGUGGUGGCAUGGGUGGCAUGGGCGGCGGCAUGGGUGGCAUGGGCGGCGCUGGCAAGGGCAAGAGCGAUUAUCCAUCCCAUGGAAAAGGAGCUGCUGCGACCCAGGAGAACAUCGACAUGCUGUCACACGCCAUGUCCGCUAUGCCGCCCAGCCUCGCAAAUGCGACCGACAGAUCACAGGUGCUUCAGCUGAACAUCGCGGCGGGCUACGUCAGUGCGCUAAUCGGCAAGGCCGGCAUGGGCACGAAGCAGAUUGCCAUCAACACCGACACCAAGAUCAUGAUCCGGGAGAUCGAGGGCAAUCCGAACGAGAAGACGGUGGUGAUCAAGGGCAACGCUGUGAAUGUGGCAUCAGCUUAUUUGCACGUAGCCAGCCGCAUGUCGAACAUCAUGCAGACGGUGGGUCCAGAUGGGGGUGCCGGCGGCUUGUCGUAGGCUGGCCGCUGACAGCUUGGGUAUGAUCUGAGUCUGAGUCGCAGUUUGGCACAAAAAGUGCCGCGGCGAAAUGAAUGCUCCCGGCCAGUUUGCUGCAAGCAACUGCCGACGGCAUAGAGCGCAAUGUGCCGGUUGCGUUUUGGAUACGUGUGGCAAAGGGCAAAGGCAGAUUUGCCGGUCACAUGUCCAUAGAUACGUUCCGUACGUUCAUCUUAUGUGGCGUGGUGGUGGCUAGGCCAACAAUUCUGAAGGUGGGCGGUAGGAGA